AUGGACAUAUUAGAGAGCGUGAACUUUAAGAAGGUACGAAGCAUAGCCAAAGUUGUCGGAACAGUGAUCACAGUCUCCGGAGCACUACUCAUGACUCUCUACAAAGGUCCAAUUGUUGACUUCAUAAAAUUCGGUGGCGGAGGAGGCGGCGGUGGCAGUGCAGGAGGAUCCCACGGUGGUGCAGUAUCAGCAGCUUUGGACAAACACUGGGUUCUAGGAACUCUAAUGUUGCUGGGAAGAACUUUUGGUUGGGCCGGUUUCUUCAUUCUACAAUCGUUUACACUGAAGGAGUACCCAGCUGAGCUAUCAUUAACGGCGUUAAUUUGUUUAAUGGGAACAUUAGAAGGAACCGCCAUAUCAUUGGUAACGGUACGUGACUUGAGCGCUUGGAAAAUCGGUUUCGACUCCAAUCUCUUCGCCGCCGCUUACUCCGGAAAAGGCAAAGACAAGAGAAUGAUGGAUGAUGACGAAAUUAGCAAAGGACUUCCAGUUAAGAGUCCGGUUAAAGUAGUGGACGCCGGUAAAGUCUUAGCCGGAGAAUCGGAGAUGAAAACAAAGGAAGGUCAGGAGACUAAUAAGGCUACUCAAGCUGAGAUUUGA